AUGGUGUUUCCGCUUCUUUUGGUGCUCAUGGGCCUUGGCUCUGCUCUGCGCCAUGUCCAGGUGACCAACGAUGCAGGGGCGGCGAAUGAGUCGCAGAAGUGGGGGUGGUUGUGGCAUCAGGAGGUCAUCACUUGUAGUUGUAUCGAUGGUGAAGAAUUCACCACUUGGGCGAAAUGCCGCGAGGCAUGCGACAAGUGGUGUGGAGAGGCUUUUGACGAUUGGGAGUGCUUUGACGCGAAGGCCGCGAAGGCCGGUUUCUUGCAGGAGUUUUCAAAAGAGCUUCCCGGCGACAAAGAAGUGUACGAUGACUGA